AUGACGACCAAACAUCGUUCUCACCAUUCUUGCGCCGCCUGCCGCUUCUCGCGCCGCUGCUGUCCGGCGGACUGCCCUUUCGCACCAUAUUUUCCGGCCGAUCAACCUCAAAUCUUCCGAUACGUCCACCGCCUUUACGGCACCGGAAAGAUCUUGAGGAUACUAAACCUGCUGAACGACAAUGUUCAGAAACAAGAAGCGAUGAUAUCGAUUAAGUACGAAUCUUACAUCCGUCAUAUUAAUCCAGUUGACGGAUGUUACGGAGUUACUGUUUAUCUGCAACAAAAACUGGUGAACAUGAUGCGACAGCUUCAAUACGUUCGUCUUUUGCUCGAUUUUCAUAGAAGAAACAACCACGAUCGAACACAAGAUCCUCCAGUUAAAAACGAGAUCAUAAACGAUCAAAGUGUUGGUGGAUCGAGUAAUAGCACGACUGAUCAGACGAUCUACGAGAAUGAUCAAGGAUUUUACUUCGUUGGAUCAAGUGAUCGUAAUGCUAAUGAAGUCGUGAGCAGAAGAAUGGAAUCGCCAUCUAAGAAUUUGGAUGAUCAAGAGAUAACGAACGAUGAUCUGAUGCGAAUUCUAUCUGAUUUUGAUUAA